CCGCGGCCGGCAUCGGCUCAGUUGGCAGCAGAACGCACACCGAGCAGCACCACCAUGGCCGAUAUCUCCAAGGACGAGCUCCGCAAGGAAAUCGCCGCCAUCCUUAAGGAUGCCGACCUCACAACCAUGUCUGCCAAGAAAGUCAGGCAACAGAUUGAAGCGAAACUGGACAUAAACCUCUCAGAAAGGAAGAAGGAGGUGGACGACUUAGUCAUGGAAAGUCUGCAAGAAAAGCAGGACGGUGGCAAAAAGAAGAAGAAGGCUGCCAGCGAAGAGUCUGAAGACGGAGAGGAGGAGGAGGAGGAGGGUUCGGAAGAGGAGGAGGAAGAAGAGGAAAAGAAACCCGCCAAACGGAGUCCAGCCAAGAAGACAGCCACCAAGCGUAAAGGCUCGUCCGACGACGAAGAAAGCGCCAGCGACGACGACGCGAGCGAUGAGGAGUACAGCCCCAAAAAGGCGAAGCCCGCCCCCAAGAAAGGCAAGCCCAAUAAGAAGGGCAAAAAGAAGGGCAGCGACAGCGACAGUGACGAGGAGUGGGGAAAAAUUAAGAAGUCCGGAGGGUCCGGCAAAAAAGGUGCCGGCAAAGGUAAAGGUGGUGGUUACACGCGUGCCAUCCUCCUGUCGCCGGAACUCGCCUCCGUUGUUGGUGCGGAACGUAUGGCCCGACACGAGGUCGUCAAGAAGGUGUGGAGUAUCAUUAAGGAGAGGAAUCUCUACGAUCCCAAGAACAAGCAAUUCGCAAUCUGCGAUGACGAGCUGAUGAAGGUCAUCGGCGUGAAACGCUUCAGGACCUUCGGUAUGAUGAAGUACCUCAAGAACCACUUCGUAAACUAAGUCGUCCCCAGAGCCCCCCCGCAGAUCUCCGACAGAUAAUAAACACUGUAUAACAUGUUCCGCAUGGCAACGCGCAUCUUUCCAUCUCGUACACGUAGGCCCCAAACACGUACACAGAGACAUUACAUGAGCGCGCGUGACAUACACUAUGCAAUGACAUGAAUGAAAGCAUACACGUACAUAUAUAUACACACAUAUAUAUAUACAUAACAUACGUGCAACACAGCUCUCACGAGUUAAGACUUCAGCUACGUCUCUGUGCAAAUCGAGGCCUGGCAUUUCAUCGACUUCCAUUCUAAGUCUCCCAACUGGGAGACUCGUUUGCUCUGCGUGUAUCACCUUCCGCGGAGGCGUUCAAUUUCUUAAUUUAUGGGCAUUAUUACCGAAACUUGCGUAGCGGAACGGUAAACAUUUCUGCCGGGCAGGGAAGUUAAUAGAUGGCCGCGCGAUUUUGCGAGACGAAGGAGAAAUUGCGAGAAAAUUGUGAGAAACCAUUCCUUGAGGAGCCUCGACCGGGCGAGCAGGCUCUGCCGAAGACUCUCGUCGGGCCUCGAUUUGCGUGGAUGCAGAUUACGUUGGCCAAUAGUCAGUAAGCCGUUUUUACGUUGUCAAAUUAUUCCGAGGUGUGUAACCCAAUACCGUCUUAUCGUUUUGAGCCGCGACGGUCUCUACGGACUUCUGUAAUUUACCCAACGAUUGGCUUUUAUUAACGUGUAAUGGCGACUCUCUGUGCGGCGAUGAUGCUCGUGGAAAGGUGCCCCUUGUCGAGGUACACCGACCCUACUAAUACGCGGGGACGUGCUGUCGGAUUGGUCGUCUCUUUGUACAUUUGACGCCGGGAUUCCUUGGGCGAGAGGGAACUUCGAUUUUUAAUCAUUGACCUUAAGGAUGUUCAAGCCUGUGAGGUCACCGAUCGGGCCCCCCCGACGUGCGACACGACACAAUUCUUAUGGUUGGCUUAGUUUACAAGGAUCACUUGGUAUGCGUACUGAAGCUGUUUCAUUAAAUUCAAUGUGCAAACGGUGUACCAAGAUGGGGCGUUACGCGCUUCUCGAGCGCACUGUAUCGAGUCGAUUUACCAUCGCUCUUCCUAAUUGUUUGAUCAAUUCGUGUUUCUAGUAGGCGUACCGAAUGAUCGGUGUAAACUAAGCCAUUGACACACGUCCAACUGGCAAUCGAUCUCGGGCCUCUUAAGGCGGUAUCAAAGUGGCAUCCGAGGUAAUCAAUUGUUCAUGAAAUUUCACCUAAUUCGACGUACCGAAUUACUCGAGAUUUUAUUCCGCUAACCCGGAGACCCUAAAGAAGGCCCCGACAGUCAUGAGAUUUCAUGUUUGAUAAAAAAAAAGAAAGUAAAUAAAUAAAAUGUCUAUAAACCGAUUUGUAAAAAAUGAAAUUUCAUUUAUGUUAAAACCUUCCUUAGGGCCUCCACGGUCGGGUAAAACGUCAAACGUUUCGGUACACCCAGCUUGUAGAAGAGGUUCAUUAAUGAGACCUCUGGACAUCGUUUUCAUAUCGCCUUAUGAUAAAGGAAUAUGAAAAUGGUAUCCGAAGGUGUUUUUGUUUACGGGGCUUUUCUUCAAACCGAGGGUACCGAAAAUCGUUUUAAAUUUCACCACGUGAAUAUGGAGGCUCGGAGAAAGGUUCUGACACCCAUGAGACUUCAUUCCUUUUGAAUUUGUGUUAAUAAGCAUUUAAACAUUUUUUUUUUUUGUUAUCAAAUCUGAAAUUUCAAGGGUGUCGGGACCUUCCUCCGCGCCUCCACCCUCACGUGGCGAGAUGUCAGACAAUACGGUACACCCGGUUUGCAUAAAUAUGUUUCAUAAAUGAUUUAACGUCCUCGGAUGCGACUUUCGUGUCGCCUUAACAUGGAAGUGAGGAAAAGCGGGAAAUGUACGGCGAGGAAGGUCCUUUUAAAUAUAUGCCGUAACGCGUUUUCACGAUCGGUACCGCUUCAAGCCGUCGCCAUCCACGUGCCUUUCGGUUUCUCCUUUCCAUUGAUCAGUAAGAGAGAGAGAAAAAGAAAAAAGAAGAAAGGUAAAUCCCUCUUCGUGAACGUCGACGAGGAGAGACCCGAAACGGAAGACCGAGGGAAAUUGAAAUGCAUAACAUAAAUAGGCAGGCACGGAUUAACGAAAGGAAAUCAACAUCUUGUACCUCUUCUGUAUAAUAGUUACAUUAUACACGGAAAUUAAUUACUAAGCGAAGUUUAAUUGUAUUAACGUGUAAUUACUAAAUAUCGUCGUAAUUGUAGGUUUUUUUUUGGUGUAAAAAAAAUUGACCUAACUCGUAAGACUUAAGGCGUAAUGCGUAUAAUGUAUUCAGCGAAAAAGAGCGGUACGACGUGGGUUGGUCGUAUUUAAGUCAAGUGUGCGGAUCGAGCGUUCGAGUUAGAGUAUAAUAAGCGUUAGGGUUCACGAGGUCGAGGUGCGGAGGUCUCGAUAUAUCUGCAUCGAUAUAUCGGCCCGAUCUGCCGGUCGGUCCGCGCCUCGAUGUGUGGAGAAACUUGUGUAUUUUGAAUAUAAAUUAAUUAACGCUGGCCUAAGGUAUAUGUCGUAUGGAAGCCAAAAGGGGCGAGGAGAGACUAAAGAACUAAUACCAUUACCGGACACUGUCAGCGGUUUCGGACACGUGAGACACCCGCUAUUAAACGCGAUAUGGACAUUUUAUGAUUACACGAAA